AUGUCCAACAGCAGCUCCACCAGGCACUUCCUCCUGCUGGCAUUGGCAGACACGCAGCAGCUGCAGCUCCUGCACUUCUGCCUCUUGCUGGCCAUCUCCCUGGCUGCCCUCCUGGGCAACGGCCUCAUCAUCAGCGCCAUAGCCUGCAGCCACCACCUGCACACGCCCAUGUUCUUCUUCCUGCUCAACCUGGCCCUCAGCGACCUGGGCUCCAUCUGCACCACUGUCCUCAAAGCCAUGCACAAUUCCCUCUGGGACACCAGGAACAUCUCCUACAAAGGAUGUGCUGCUCAGGUGUUUUUCUUUCUUUUCUUUAUCACAACAGAGUUUUCCCUUCUCACAGUCAUGUGCUAUGACUGCUACGUGUCCAUCUGCAAACCCCUGCACUACGGGACCCUCCUGGGCAGCAGAGCUUGUGCCCACAUGGCAGCAGCUGCCUGGGCCAGUGCCUUUCUCAAUGCCCUGCUACUCACGGCAAAUACAUUUUCCCUGCCCCUGUGCCAUGGCAAUGCCCUGGGCCAGUUCUUCUGUGAAAUCCCACAGCUCCUCAAGCUCUCCUGCUCACACUCCAAACUCAGGGAACUUUGGCUCACUGUGCUAAGUGCUGUUCUAUUUUUUGCUUGCUUUGUGUUCAUUGUUUUCUCCUAUGUGCAGAUCUUCAGGGCUGUGCUGAGGAUCCCCUCUGAGCAGGGACGGCACAAAGCCUUUUCCACCUGCCUCCCUCACCUGGCUGUGCUCUCCCUGUUUAUCAGCACUGGCACAUUUUCCUACCUGAAGCCGCCCUCCAUCUCCUCCCCAUCCCUAGAUCUGGCCCUGUCAGUUCUGUACUUAGUGGUGCCUCCAGCUCUGAACCCCCUCAUCUUCAGCCUGAGGAACCAGGAGCUCAAGGAUGCCUUGGGAAAACUGGUGACUGCAACUUCAGAAGCAAUAAAUUCUCUUCUCUGCUACACAGUCUUCAGAAUAUAA